AAGUGUUGCCACUAGCAAUCGACUGGAGUGAAAGCGAGAGAGAGAUUUAUGCAAUUGUAGCGGCGCCGGCGGCGGAGACAACCACAAUUUCGCAGCAGCGCGAUUAUCCGUUACGUAUUUGCCACUCGAAAAGGCAGCAACGCUUUGCUCCACAUAAAAAGGGGCGCUUGGAUUUUCUCGAUUUCUCACCGCUUAGAAAAGUGAUUUUGCAGAAGUUUACCUCAAGCAGGUGGGAUGAUAUAAACACACGCGACACAGAACGCGCUUACACUUCCGCUUCACUAACUGACGCACGCACUGCGAGUAGCGAAUUGGGUCGACGCGUCGGCAUGGUGCGCGAUAUCUUGCUCUACAUUCUUUUAAUCGUUUUAUUUUGCCUGAUUUUCAUGGCACAAUUACUUGUUAAUGUCUACGCCUUCCAAAGACAACCGCCCACGACGAAAUCAGAUCGUGCAGAUAUUAUUUUUGUAUAGACCUGGUGAAGCUGGAAAACGUGACAUGCAACAGAAGGAAGUGGUGGCGUUGAAGCGACAUGCAGGGCUUAACGCGGCGUGGCAGCGAUUAAUGAAGACCAACGAUUCAAAAAACAGUGUAAAAUCUGGACAUCAAAUGACGUGCGGACGUGUAGAGCGGCUGAGGAGCGGCAAUGGAAGCGGACAUAAUUGCAAAUCGUAUAACAACAAAGCAAAAGCGGCGCGACCAAUAAGUUGCCUUACGAGGCGGGCCAGCAGGACACGCGCGAAAGUCACGUUAAUGCGCAAAAAGGAUGAGCCGAUCUGUUUGGCGGUGCAGAGCAUCAGCUUCGUUGCGGAUUAAUUGCAGUGCAAGCAAAGCCUGCGGCAAAGUCACGGUUUCAAUUAAAUGCCAGCGUAACAAAAGUCGGAAACAAAAAAAAAAAGCAACCAAUUGGAGAGAACACAGCGAAGGGAUAGGAAAUACUAGUAGGUACAUUGAUUGAAUUGGAUAAGAGUCUCAGCAUGCGACGAGUCUGAGUACAAAUGCAGAGCUAGAGCUAAUUAAGACUUGCAAAUAAAUGAAAACAAAUGUAAUGAAAAGCAAAACGAAAGUCAAAAGCAAAGACAACAACAGCAGCGAGGUGAUAUAACUUUAAUAAAAAUGCAAAACGAUUGCGUUGUGAAAUGCAUCUGAGCUCUCAGGCGGCAAAUGCAUAAAAUUACGGGCAAACCCAGAGUACACUAUAACAAAAACAACUAUAACUGGCGGCAUAAACUAAUAACAGCCAUGUCCUUAUAGAGAAAAAAGGAAUACAAAAUUUUAAUUAAGUUAAAGUAAAUGUUAAAAAAAACUUGAAAAGAAUAUGACAUUGUUUUGCCAUCAGCGACAACUUCCGGUUAAAUGUAGUAAAAGAAACUGGCAAAUUGAGUUAUUCUCUAAAGAACAAUGUAAAUAAAGUUAACUGCUUAACGAGAGACUGACAGCAUGCGAACUUUAAACGGCACGUAUGUUU